AUGGUCGUCGGCGGACUGACAGACCCGCGGAUUGCCCAGCAGCAGAACGGACUGCUGGCGGCCCGAGCGAGUCGCGCUCAAUUACUCGCCCAGCAGGCGGAGCGUCUCGAUGCACGACGGCGCGCGCAGGUCGUCGCACUGCAGCUGCGGGCCAUCAUAGAUGCCGAGAUGCUGUCGUCGUCCACAAUCAGCGGCGGUGGCGGCGGCGGCGGCGGCGGUGGCAGACGGCUGCGAGGCGCGGCGCUCGAUCACCGUCAAGAGAAUCAUGACAAUGCUCGCGCACUGGUUGACGAAGCAAGUGAAGACAAUCCAGCUACCGACGACGACGACGACGACGACGACGACAACAACAACAACUCAAGCGAGACGGAAGAAGAAUUCGAAGAAUUCCAAGCCAUCGACGGUGUGUUUGAAGGCAUUGCGGCCGAGCUUCAAUCCAUGGGAGCCUCCGCCGACCAGGUCACAACAACAAGCACCACCACCACCACCACCACUGUGAGAAGCCGCAUCGUCCACAUCGACCAGAACGAUGACAACCCCGAGCAACACGCCAAACACCUGCCGGAGACAGAAACAUUGGUGGCACGCGCGCUGGCAUUGCGCUUGCUCAACUUUGACCUUCUCGAGACCUUGACCGGAUUGUCGGUCGCCUUCCUUCCCUUGCACCUGUUCAAUCCAGAAGCCGGUCCAGACGCUGGCAGCCCUGCUCCUGGCUCCUCGAACUCUGAGCAUUUUUGCGUCAAUUUCGGAGAGCCGCACGCACAGAAAAUGGUGCAACUGCUCCCGACCGCCGAUCGCAAACCAGCACUGUCGCCGUGCUGUCUGGUGGUGUGGGCAAUGGAGGAUAAUUUCCUACACCAGGCCACGCUCGUGGUCAGCGACUUGGCAAGCCGAGCAGACUAUGCGACUCUCCGCCCUGCCCCCGAAUUCGAGGGUGUCCGCGGGUUUGAGGUCCUUGCGACCUCGCGUUCGGCCAUCGCGUUUGCUCUGCGAUUCGCGGUCGAGCAACAGCACCCGCAGUGCCUGGAAGUGCUCAUGGCCUUUGCCCUAAUGCACGACAUGCAGCUUGUCAAUUACAUCUACCCGUCUGGUGACUCGCUUUUACAUUAUGCAUCAAGGCAGCAAUCGACCAGCUGCAUCAAAGUCCUUCUCGAGUUGGGCGCCGAUUUCAGCACACUAAACCAGGUCGAAGGGAAGACUCCACUGAUGUUGGCAUGCCAAUCCUUUCUCGCCACUAGUGGAAUUCUCUACCUAGAGUACUGUCGUCGCCCCAGGCUCGCGGCAACCAACAGCGCCAUCUCCGACAACGACGUGUCAGCCAUUGACGAGAUAAAAAAUGCCGAUCCGGACGAAGCACCAGCUGUGGUCCAUCCGCUUGAUGUGACAGACCGAAGUGGCAACACUGCCCUUCAUACGGCGGUACUUUUUGGCAACGUCAGAAUGGCGGAGCUACUUUUGGAAGCCGGUGCCAGAAUGACUGCAAAGAAUGCCAAUGGCGACACGCCGCUUUUAACUGGCGCCAGAAAUAAAUCCGCGGCGUUUGUGCGCCUAUUUAUUGACGCCAAUCCACAUGCGGCCCUGGCGGAAGAUGCACAAGGACGCAACAUUGUGCAUCUUGUCAUCUCGUGGUGCAGUGCUGCGCUCGUGCAACUCCUCCACAGCGCCUUACUUGAUGUCGACUCGGCCUUCGCGCUCAAAGUGUUCAGCGCAAUCAGUACGGUUGACCAGGCCUCUGCCUUGCACUAUGCAGUAGCCGCCAACAAGUACGAGAUUGUCUCUUAUCUGCUUGAGACGGUCGGACUGAAGCCUGAUCUCUGUCUGGAGAGCACGCCGUGGUUUACGCCAUUCGCGCUUGCCGUCCACCAGUCCCGAGCCACAAUUGCCAGUUUGCUGCUCAAGCAUGGCGCCAAUGCCGAGGUCCGGGUCCAACAUUCUGGCGGUUUCUGGCAACUUGUCAUUCACACUGCUGCUCUGAAGAACGACGUGGACAUGCUCCGCGUGCUGUUGGCGCGCGCUCCAGCUGCUUGUCUAGGCCAUACCAAAACGAUGCCGUCGCUUUUGUGCGCGACCGCGGCCUCGACGGUUGGCAGCGCUGCCUGCGCCCAUCUGUUGGAAAAUGGGGCGAAACACCAGAUCAACCUCCGAUUUACAGAGAAUGGCCUCACGCCACUGAUGUACGCCGCCAGGUAUGGCUGCGCUGCGACAGUCGAGCUGUUGCUUCAGCAUGGAGCUGAUCUCUUUGUCUGCGCAAAGUCUGGUGCAACGCCAUUGUCCAUUGCCAGCGAGCGAGGCAAUGUGUCCGUUUUCGACGUACUCGCCCGCACGAUCAUUGCCAAUCCGCGCCAUGUGACGCGACAGGUCGAUGUGCUCGUUUGUCGCGCCCUUCGCUGGCAUGCGAUGGCUUCGUGCAUCAUCCCGAUGACUGCGCACUUUCUUGGCACGUCUGAGCCGUCAGACAAGGCCGAGUCCGAUCCGCAGACCAUCAUUCCCAGCAGCUUUGGCAGCUACGUCUUUCCGCAGCUCAAUCCGGACGACCACAUGGAUGUCGAACUGGCACAACUGCAAGCCACUUCGUCGUCCUCUGCUCUUCUCGCCCCGCAUCAUUCGUCUUCUUCGAUGAUCAGUAAGACUGAGCGUGCAUCCGCAACAGAUCUCAAUCACGGAAAAGCCCCACAGCACCCGAAACCAGCAGCAGCGCCGACAUCAAACACUCCUCCUCGGAGCAAGAGUACCACCACAACCACCACCAGCACCACCACCAGCAGCAGUAAGGCAACCACUGCUUCGAUCCGAAACGCCGUCGCUGCUACCAACGCCAGUGAGCCCGCGCAGUCCGACAGUGACGAAUGGGCAAGCACAGAUGAUUCUGCGAGUGACUUGCAGACAGACGGUGAUGAGAGCGACGACGACGACGACGACGACGACGACGACGGUGAUUGGGAAACCGAUGCUGAUGGAUCCAGCGACGAGGAUGCCGCGUCAGCCAGCUCGAGCAAGGCGAGGAUGCCGCGUCAGCCAGCUCGAGCAAGCCUGGCUCGGACGCGGACGACUCGGACGACUCAGGCGACUGAGCCCCCGCUGUCACGAAACCAGCCAAAGCGAGCCUGGCCGUCCAGCGCAGCACACCGCAAGUUCAGCAAGCAGGGCGGCAGCACACCGCAAGUUCAGCAAGCAGGGCGGGAUACUCGAAACCAGUCUGCCUCUGCCCGCAUCGCGCCAACUGCAACGCCAACUGCUGCGUCUGCCUCGACAGUCAAACCAUCUUCCUCGCUGCUGCUGGCAGCGCCAGUCUCCACGCUCAGUCAACCAGUCUCUUCCUCGUACAGCAUGCAAGAACUUCGGCUCAAACCGUGGCCAGACAUGUUCAUGGCUCUUCUCAACCAUUGGCACCUGUGCAGCGAUCGCGUCAAGCAAGAAAUUCGCCGCCAAUUCCCGUCCUAUGCAUCUCCUUCUACUCCUCCUCCUGCACCCGCUACUGCUGCGGCUGCGCGGCCAGCGAUACCCACCGCGUUCAAGCCGCUCGUCCACUCAUCCUUAGCCAUCAACUUGCCCCUGCAACCCGAGCCGUUGGCCUCCAUUCCUCGAGUCUCAGCCUCGUGGAUGGGUCUCGUCGAUGUCAGUGGUCGCACAGCACUCCACACGGCGGUCGCUCGCGAUCAGCUCGAGCUGGUGGCUCACAUGCUCCGCUCUGAAACGGCGCGGCUGGAAGCAAUCGUUGCGGCGACCUACGGCCCGCUUCCCGACUCGUUUCGAGGCGCUAAGGAGGUGCAGCGACGGUUUGGUCAUCAUCCAGUGUUCACUCUGCCAGACGGACGAGUUCGGCCCAUCGUCGAUCUCGGGCUCAAUCUCGGUGACGGCAAGGGUGCAACUCCACUCCACUAUGCCGCUCGUGUGAGCGUGCAGAUGACGGAGCUGUUGCUUUCGUUUGGUGCCUACAUUGAAUCGCGCGACAGUACUGGCCGCACUCCACUGCACAGCGCAAUGAGCUGGAGUGGCAGCAAGAUUGAGGUGAUGCGUCAUCUCAUCAGCGUCGGCGCCAAUCCGAGGACCCGUGCCAACAACGGCGACACGGCCGCACACGAUGCUGCGGGCAUUGGGAAAACUGAAGUGCUUGAAUUGUUGCACAGUGUGAGUCCCAGACUGCUCACCAUGGACGGCCACCUCCGUUGCAAACCGCUGAUGCGGGCCGCUGCCUCUGACAAGGCAGCCCUCGAGUUCAUAAUGAGCAAGGUCAAACCCUCCGCGGUUUUUUGGUUUGAUGCUCAGGGCAAUUCUCCAAUGCAUUACGCUGCAAAGUACGGUCAAGUGGAAUGCGUGGAACACCUCAUGAGGACAGCGCCACACCUGCUCUUCAUUCAAAACUUGCAAGGCCAGUUGCCGGAAAAUGUUGUGGCACACGCCACGAAUCCUGCAGCUCGCAAUUUGCCCAUAAGUAUGCGACUUCGGGGCGAAAUCGUUGCGGGUACCGACGUGGACGCACAGAUGGAAGCACUCCAUGAGAUGGUGCAUAAACGAAUCGAUGCAAUGAUGCGACUCGUCCGGACCAAGCCGCAUCUUCUCGCGGAGCCCGCUGAGCGAGAGUUUAGACGUUUUACUACGAUGACGUUCAUGGCGGCUGUUGGAGUCGCGCGAAAGGCUGCCGUGUCCUUCGUUGAGGUCGACGAUGCAACGAAGCGAGAUGCCACGCUGCUUGCCGUUGCCAGCCAAGCCGCUGCAGCGGCGACUGCCGCUCGAGAUGCUCAUCCAACAACCAAGCAGUUGCCGAGGGCGUGGGUCGUGGCCGAGGACAUGGUCGAGGUCGAGGUCGAGGUCGAGGUCGAGGACGAAACGCCGCUGCUGAUGCGACUGAAGAAACCGACGAGGUCGAAACGAGAGUCGGUAUCCGGGGUCGCGGGCAACGUGGUGGCAUGGGCGUUCGCGGUCGCGGUCGCGGUCGUGGGCGGGGUAUCGGUCGCCAAGGAAGGGUCGGCCUCGGACUCUUCCGACUCGGAUGACGACAGCCCUUCAAACUCGGACGAGCAGGAUGGCGACGACAACAACAACGACGACGACGACGACGAAGAGGAAGAAGAAGAAGACGACAAUGACAUGCCCGACACAGCCGAGGAGAUUGCCAAAUUGAUGUUUGAAGACUGGACCGACCAAUUUGAUGGCUUCACGUCUGACGAUGAUGACGACGACGACGACGACGACGCAAACGAGGAUGGCGACGACGAAGAUGACGACCCGCGUAUGUCGGCGCGGCAGCGAACGAGGGCUGCUGCAAACCGUCGGAUGAGGCGACGGGCGGCCGAGAAGGAGCGUGAGCGGAAACGGCAAGAGCUCCGCGACAAGCGCGCCCAUCAUUUUGCCCAUUUGCCCGCUCGUGAGUCGCCGUUGGCGCCCGACGUGCCUGCACUCUUUUCAAUUUCCAAAAUCAUUGCCGUGAUGAAAAACUUGACGUACUCCAAUCAGGUGUACACAACUCGAGAAGCUCACCAGCUCGCAUUCCACACUGGCGCAAUGGUCGACAUUCCUCGCGUGUCACUUCCCUAUUGGCCCUGCGCUCGCAUCAUCCUCGAGCAUGAACCCGAGUUCGACCUGCCUGAGGAGCCGGACUCGGAUGAGGAGCGUCCCGCAACGAUGGACCCAGACUUUAACGACACGAGUGCCAAUGCUGCUGCUCGUCGAAUGAGGGCAACGCUUGAGAGAGAACGUGCAUUCUCACUUCUCGUCCGUCCGCGGAUGCAUUUUAGGAGGUGGGCUUCGCCUUCCGACCGAGAAGCUGACGUAGCUCGCAUCGCCGAGGAGGACGCUCAAAGGCCAAGUUCCCAACUGCUGAGGGCAGUCCGGCAAUUGGAAGACGUUUCAGACGAUGAGAGUUCCGCCGAAGCAGAGAAAAAUGAGGACGACGAUGAUGACGAUGACCUCGGUCUUCACCAAGACUCCCGCAUCCACCCACUAACUCAUGCGGAGCUCCAAGACCUUCGUGCCGUGAUCAUGCCGAUGAUGUCGUCGCUUUCAGCUAUCGCGACAUUCAUGUCCACUCGCGCAUUGGAAUUACGUUCGAGCGAGCGGAUGCGCGAGCUUCGACGACUCGCUCUCAAUGAAAAGCUGCAAGAAGCGGCACUGAAGCGUUCUCGGCAGAGACGAAGGCUUGCUGCGUUCGAAUUGGUUUAUGACGAGUUGUAG